CGUUUUUGAAGUUUUGGGUUAUCUUUGAUGGAAAUAGUUUAGUAGGGUAUAAUAGAGUUGCAUUCGAAAGGGCAAACGUGUUUCUAUCAAACCAACGAAAUCAGUAGCAACAAAUGACUAAAGAGUUGAUAAACACAAAUACUGGCCAUCUCCUAUUUCAAGUUGCGAGAGCCACUGUCCCUUAUUGUUGUUUCAAAUUGAGAAAAGAGAUAAAGAGAGAGAAAGAGGGGAGGAGAUGAGUCCAAAGAGGAUGGCAGAGAAACUGAUAGAGAACUUUCAAUGCUCCUUUUCUCCACCUUCACUCAACCACCCUCUCUAUUGCAGUCCCAAACUCAAGUCUUACAAUUUUCUAAAGCUUUAGUUAUCUUCCCAUCUGAAACGUUGUUCACCUCAUAUUUUUUUCCUGUCUUUCUCUGUCGGUACCAUCCAUGAGACCUGAGAAGAACCCCCUAGACCUCAACAACUUGCCCGACGAAUACACUAGGGAUGGUAAACAGGUGUUUGAGGAAGGGUCCUCUGCAGGCUAUAGGACAAAGAAAAGCGGCGGCAGGGAUGGGAAAGAUGAGUGCGGGAAGGUCUAUGAAUGUAGGUUUUGUUCGCUCAAGUUUUGCAAAUCUCAAGCUCUUGGGGGACACAUGAACCGCCAUCGCCAAGAAAGGGAGACAGAGACACUGAACCGGGCUCGGCAGCUGGUUUUCAGUAACGAUAACUUGGCCACCCCAGGGAAUCCAGGCUACCAUCCAAGCUACCAUCCCGCAGGCAAUCUCGGUGAUCCAACACUCCCAUUUAGAACAGUUUGCCCACCAAGAUUGUUUUCUGCUUCAUCAAAUUUGAUGCCUCCAACUCCAAUAUUACAGCCACCGCAACCAUAUUUACAACCAUCGCCCUCACGCCUCAGCUCCUCCCACCUUCCCCAAUACCCAGCUCACUCAGUCAACGACUACUAUGUAGGACAUGCCCUCGGAAGCAGCACUUUGUCACAUUCACAAUAUCAUCCCCAAAACCUAAACUAUCUGGGUGUAUCCGACUCUAAUUACACUUGCAUUGGAGCCCCAGUAGGAAAUGGGUUCGGUCAUGGUUCAACCCGUGGAGCGGAUUUGAUCGGGUCAGGACGAGUAGCUUCUGGUUUUAGAGACGUGACACAGAAGCAUUUGGAUCAUCCAACCAAUCGAUUUCAAGAUGGGUUCUAAAAAUUGUUUCAUCUUUAUCUUCUCCUUUAGAAAGAUUUUUCUUAUGUUUAUCAAGUAUUUAUCUGGUUUGCACACAGCGCCCAAAAAGAAACUUAACAAGCUAACAAAUGGUUUCAAGCAAGUGUCGGGCGGAUCAUACAUGGGAAAGAGGUGGAUCGAGUCAUGAAUUUGUAAACUAAAGGUUUUCUUUCGCUUAAUAAAAUCUGUGAUAGCCCAUUGAUAAGAGUGUA